AUACCCAAGCGUGCGCGUAGCUAUCGUUUCUUAUCUUAGUAGAGCAUGCGUGUCAAUGGAAAGAGCAUUAGAACGAGUCACCUGCUUGUAUACUAGCGGCUUGGCGCGGACGUGUCACACCCUCCUCGCACCUCAGUCAACGAGCAGCCACGGUACACAUGUUGCACAACACACUUCCUUUCUCUUCAAACUACGAAGCAAAGACGGCCUUUCACAGGCUAGGGAGGUCUUUCAAGUACCGCGGUAGCCGCCCUUGUGACUGACCCACGGUACUCACAUGCACACAUGGAUAUUUGCCAGACUACCGAGUAAUAUACCAGCGCGAUAAUCUGCGCUUCAACUCAACCGCCCAAACCACGUCUCAUUCUCACUUCAUACCGCAAUGGCGCCGAUGACGCCACCCAACUCUAGUCCCAGGAAGCGACGCGUAGCGAGUCCGGCAAACGGAGUCAAGACACCACCUCUCUCACGGGAAGCCGCGAUACCAGAAAUCAGUCCCGAAGAACCCCAAGAUGGCGACCAACACGAUACGACUGCGCUGUUGAACCAAGUCGACACCCACCUUGUCCAAAAUAACGGAAUGCUCUGCCUACCAUCCGAACUUCUUGAAGUUAUAGCCUCCAACCUGCUCGGCACUACGCACAUCUUCAAUUUUGGGCUAGUCAACAAACGCCUUGGAGGGAUCGUUCAAGAGAUCAUCGUGCGAGAGCUGAUCGUGUCGGGAAGGAACAUCAAAGGCUUCUUGCGAAUGCUUAGCUAUCACCCGGAGCUUCUCAACAAGGUAUCUAGUGUUAAUCUUGGGGAUUUUGGAUGUAGUCACUACGCAGGCUGUUUCUGUGCGAACUCGAACAGUCUCGACCUGGACAUACUGGAAGGUCUUGGCGCAGCCAUCUCUACGACUACCGGACAUACCGCGGACUGGAGUCAAGUUCGGGAAAGCAACGCUUCAGGCGGCACCACCUGGAGGAAAGAACCAGCUUUCUCCCUUGAUCUUCUCGCGAUAUCGUGUCCCAACAUCAAAUCGGUCACAGUUCAGCUACCAGAAGCGAGGUCGUUUCCCUCCAGCCAACCGCCACGUCCUGUUCAGCGGGCUCCUCAAGUCUUUCCGGCGCUUAACCCUGAGUUGCUACCCGUCGCUCCAUUUCAAGGCCCAGCGCUACAGCUGUUUCAGGCCAAGCUCGAAUCUCUCACAAUCGCGGAGAACACCAGAUGGAAAGGGCCACCCACCAUGGAGGUUCUCGGGUCGCACGAUGCCAAAUGGCGGAAUAUGGGAACGCACAUAAUCACACUGGCGAACUUCUCAAGAUUGAAGUGGCUUGACAUACCCAUGGACAUUCUUGGGCGCCCAUACGACAUAGUCUUCUCUCCUACGGGCAACCCUGCGGCAGCGUCACGUCUAGCAGCGAGUGUCAAUGAUGCGCUUCCGGCCAGCAAGACUUUGGCGGAGCUACGUUCCAAAGUCAUGCCACCCACUAUCCAAAACAUUCACCUGCGCUCAUGUAACAAAUGGACGUUUGCUCUUUUGCAAAGGAUUAACGAAGUUCCUGUGGGUGACCUGAGACUCAAGCACAUUGAGCUAUCUUUCAACACGCCGUGUAAACACCUCAUCAUACAGUGCAAUGCUUCUGAUCUGGGUCGGCUAGAUUACCUUGAUCUACUUACGAGCCUCGAUCGCAAAGGCAUCAAAGUGACCUUCCACAGUGGGCCCCAAGAGGUCUCCGGUGACAUGCGCAAAGAACUCGAGGCGUUUUAUCGUUUACGGCAUCUGGAAAUAUGGCGCUGCUCAGGAUCAUCCGCGCCAUUCUCCGAGUGGGCUCCAGAAGCAAGCAGACAGCCGCAACUGGCCUUUGGCGUUAGGGUCUUCUUACGCCACGUCGACCACCACUCGCAACUCCUGAACAGCCCUACAUUUGAUUUGAGGCUGUGGGCACAGGGUGCAUUCUUUCACGGUAUCAGGAACAGCAAGUGGGACCCGCAGCUUCAAGAUCCAAACAAGAAGCAAGUGAUGAUCGACUCUAGUGGAUGGGCUGACAGGGCUCUUGGGAAGCGUGCGUUCAGGCGACGGCUUUCGCCGUUACUGAACCUGGACACUUUUCAGUUCACCCUCCGCUUCGAGCAGAAACUUGCGCCCAUCGCUAAAGAGACUCUAUUCCUUGGUUCGAGCUUUGUCACCACGGAGAGUACUAACGCACAGUUUUCAGAUCAGCACAGAGACUCGACGAAGAAAUCGUGUGCGAAAGAAGAGCAGACAAAGCGGUCCAAGAAAGCUGAAUCCACUGAGCUUGCAUCAUACAUUACCGAUAAGACGCAGGGCUUGGAGGAGGACAUAGAACGUCUGCAGCUAGAAUCUGUCAAUAUUCCCGUGGCCGCCGAAUUCAGUGAGACACAGUGGGCUAGCGUUGCCUGGAAGAUACUGCUGCAACCGAAGAAAAAGGCAUGCAUCAAUGACUGUCCGGGAUGCCUGGAUGAUAUGUAAUGAUAGGGUGAAGAUGUUCGGUAUGUGCCAUGGGCUAGGAUCCCGGGCCGAUCUUCUAUCUGCAUAUGUUCAGCGUGGAGUUGUAGAACUGAGAAAGAUUCCAGAUAGUAUUCAUGGUUCUUCGGGAAGAGCAAUGGGUAUGCGAUACGCCGGAGUCAUCAGCUGUACCCACUCGCUGGAAAGAUCAGGAGUGAAAGAUACAAGCCACGUGACACAACCGUGCGCUUCCUC